GUGGUGCCAUCUCUAGCCGAUAGGCUUUUGGUUCCAGCUGAGAUCUGUUUUUGUUAUUUCAUAAUAUAGACUUCUGAAAAGCAAUAAUUAGGACCGCCAUGCAGAGCAGCCGCAGCACAAGACUCUUGUACCUGACCAGGCGGCUCCUCCAGCACCGGCCCGCCUCACAGAAGGCAGCGCCAGCGGCUGAGGGAGCACCUGCCGGCUCCGGCACCGGCUCUUCCGGGGAGCAGACCACCCACUUUGGCUUCCAAACGGUGCGGGAAAGCGAAAAGGAGCAGAAAGUGCACGAGGUUUUCGAGCAAGUUGCCAAAUCCUACGAUCUAAUGAACGAUGCCAUGUCCAUGGGCAUUCACCGGCUAUGGAAGGACAUCUUUGUGGAGCGUCUGGGACCCACGCACGGCAUGAAGCUGCUGGAUAUGGCUGGCGGGACAGGAGACAUAUCUUUUAGGUACCUGAAGUAUCUCGCCAAUCAACCCAAUCCCACGAAGAGAAUCAGCCAUGUAACCGUGUCGGAUAUCAACCAGCACAUGUUGGACGUGGGCGAGGAGCGGGCCAGGAGACUGGGCCUGACCAGCGACAGGUUGCCUAACUCCUCAGUGGCCUGGAAGUGUGCUGAUGCCGAGAAACUGCCCUUCCAGGACGAGAGUUUCAAUGCCUAUACAAUAGCCUUCGGUAUAAGAAACUGCACGCAUGUGGAUAAGGUUCUAUCUGAGGCCUAUCGUGUGCUCCAGCCGGGCGGUCGUUUCAUGUGCCUGGAGUUCAGCCACCUGACGAAUGAGACCAUGCAGUGGCUAUACGAUCAGUACUCCUUCCAGGUGAUCCCGCCCAUGGGGCAGCUGCUGGCGGGCCAGUGGCAGGCCUACCAGUAUCUGGUGGAGAGCAUACGACGUUUCCCCAAGCAGGAGCAGUUCAAGCAGAUGAUCCAGCAGGCGGGAUUCGACCAUGUGAGCUACGAGAACCUCACCUUCGGCGUCGUAUCCAUACACUCUGGCUUCAAGCUGUGAGACUUACAGCGAUGAUUGUUUUUUUUUCUGUUUUUUACAUUUAUAUAUUUUGAUAUGCUGAUCACGUGGAACAGCUCAUAAAGCAUCGAAUUGUACAAG